AUGGUCUCACAACCAAUGAAACAAGGAAGCUUGCUCUUCAAUACGCCAAAACCAGAAGCAACUAGCCAGGCGAAGGCUGCUGGGUUUAACAAGGUUGUUGUAUCACACUUUUACGACAAUUUACGUGAUAUUUACGAAAAGUUCGAAAUACCCCAAUGUGACGUAUGGAAUGGUGAUGAAACGAACGUUCCUACUGUGAUGCAGCCUCCAGAUGUCAUAGCCACAAAAAAUUUUAAGCAGGUUUCUCAAACGGUAUCCGCUGAACGUGGAGCUGAACGUGGAGUGAAUGUCAUGAUGUUGGUCUUCGUUAACGCUAUUGGUUCAAGUACACCACCAGUCUUUGUAUUCCCAAGGAAAAAGCAGAAUCCUGAUCUCAUUAAAGGAGGACCUACUGGGUGUCUUGGACUCGUGCACGAGUCUGGCUGGAUGACUGCGGAAAACUUCCUUCUUUCCCUUCAACAUUUCCAUGGAAUUGUGAAAUCAACCAAGGAAAAACCAGUGUUGUUGACACUAGACAACCAUUCCAGUCAUAUUGACUAUAAUGUAGUGAAAUUUGCAAAGGACAACGGUAUUAUUUUGUUGACGUUCCCACCGCAAUGUUCACAUGCACUCCAACCCUUAGACGUAUCUGUCUUUGGUCCAUUUAAGAGCGCCCUUAAGAAAUCUCACAAUCAGUGGCUACAAGACCAUCCAGGACAAAGAAUAAGCAUAAAAGAAGUUGCUCAUCUUUGUAGAGUGCCUUAUAUGGAGAAAGUUAUACCUGGUAAUAUAACACCAGGAUUUCAAAAAACAGGAAUUUAUCCAUUCAACAGAGAUGUUAUUCCGGACACACGCUAUGCCCCAGCAAGUGUAACCGACCAGCCAGAAAUUGAACAACAUGCUACUUCCGACAAUGUAACUGAACCCAGGAUGACGCAAGAUGUUAUUUCACACCCGGAUGGUGUAUUCGAAUUAGAAGAGACAAGAGAAGAAGUGCAAAUUAGUGGAGAUCCUGCAACUCCGACGAUUACUCUCACUGAUAUCAGACCACUUCCAAAGGUCAGUCAGACCACCCCAAAAGCACGCAGGAGCCAAAAACAAGUUAGCAGACUUGGACGAACCAGGAUCUUAACGAAUACACCGGAGAUUAAUGUCAUAGCUGAACACCAUCAAAGACAAUCGGAGAAAAUCGAAAAAAGUAGACGUCGAUUACAACCAGCAAGUGAAAAAAUAAACAAUAAAAAAGGGAAACAGAAGAUUAUCAUCGACAUGGAAACCACAUCUAAUGAAGAUUACUCAGUUAAGAAAAAAGUGAAUGUCACAAGCACUAAAGCCCAAUCAAAAAAAAAAGUUUCUUUGAAACAGCAAAAUGACAGUGUGUCGAACGAUGGUGAUGAAUUAAUUGAAACGCCUGUGAUUUCGGGAGAAAUUAGAACGAGGACUGGUCGCUUAGUGAAGCCAAGCAUUUAUCGAAGCUUAUAGGCAGCCAAUCAUAUUUUCCAGUACAACCCAGGUACAAGCCAGUACAAGUCAGGUGUCCAAAAUAUUGCAAUGACCAAUCAUUCUUGAUUUUCGUGUUUAAACUAAUUGUGUUCAUUGAUACAAGAAAGAUAUUCAAAUUUGUACGUAAUAUGUCAAUUCAUAUUGUUUGGUACAACCUAGCUACAAGCUAGUCCAAGUCAGGUGUCUUACAUUUUUUAAUAAGUUAAUCAAUCUAGAUUUUCGUGUUUAAAAAAAAAAUGUGUUCAUUGAUCAUACAAAGAUAUUCAUACUUGUUUCGUUCGUACUGUAAUGUCAUGUAGCCAAGAAAUGUAUGAUUGUGUUUCUUCAAAUAAUUAUCAUUACACCGAGUUA